AAGUCAACUCAUUCUCCCCCUGGUCUCGAUACUGAGGUGCGCCUCCUCUUCCUCGAACGCAAGAUCAAGGCGAGUCUUGUGCGCGGGCAAGAGGACAUACCCGCCUGUUUAGCUCGGCUCGAUAGCCUGCUCCGUCUUGAAGUAACUUUGCCGCAAUUAGCUCGCUGCUGGACUUUGAUCGAAACCAUUAAAAAGUGUCGGCGCUAUAACCGUUCUAUCGACGUGAAGAUGGCUGCUCAGGAGGUCUUCAAUAAGUUCCUAAAAAUCUAUGCUAAUGCCGAGGAAGAUGAGCUGGAGUCUUCUCAUCUUGAACUCGCAAGACAACAACUUGAGCUCAAACCCAAUCAGACUCAACUAAAGGACUCCUCCAAAACCGGCGAAUCCAUCAUACCUGCAGCUGCCCUAUCGAAUUCAAUUCCCGAUGCCUCUAGAAAGAUGGCAUUGAGUAGCCUGCAUUCCACCCCAUUUCUUUUGGCCAAUUUCAAUAUUCCUAGUACGCUUUCAUCUCAGCAACUUGACAAAAAGACCGCCACUUUUGCUUCAAUGCUGUCAAUGGCCACGGCACUCGCCUCCCAACAUCUCCCUUCCUCUUCUAACAGGCCUCUUUCGACACCAAACCUUACCUCUACCUCUGGCUCUAACCUCUCAUCAGACUCGAUCUCAGCCAAUCCCAUCAAUUCUGCCCCUCUCAUUAACUCUAUAACUUCUGCCACUCCUGUUGCAAUGACUACUAUGGCCAAUCUGGCUUACGCCUAUCCCGGCCCCAGAUCCAUGGCCGAGCUUUUCCAAAUUACACCUGCUCAGCUGGCACUACAUAGGAAAACAAUCAAUACAGGCCUUUCCUUUCCUGGGUCUCGAGACUCGCUUUCGACUAUCUCUAGUUUGGGACUUGAUGGUGCCCCACCUGCUGAUGGAUUAGUUCAGCAUCUAUCUUCUGCCACAGAGGAAAAUAGUCUCUGCUACGAAGCAUCAUCUUCAUCACCCUUUUGUGGUCCUGUCCUAGCUUCAGCCCAGUCUACUGUCGAAAUGGGAUUCUCACCUACUUCAGUCGUCACGACUCAAUCGAUGCCCCUUCCAUCAAACUCAAGUCGAGCGGAUCAACUGGAAAGUAGGCUUGUAACUAUCUCUCCGACUGCCUCUUCCACUUCGGACGACAUUCAUCCUAAGGAGUCUUCUCAACAACCUGCUAUAUCAUCCUCUCCACCUUGUCUUACGUCAGGAGCAAAAUUAAAAGCUGACUCAUCUCUACCAUCUCUGUUCGAUCAGGCCUUGAAGGUCCUAUCACCUUCAAUCGACAUACCGCCCAACCAGAAUGGACCGUUCGCCUUGGUUGACAGUGCUGAGCAAUCGGUUUCGGAAGACAAAAGACACAACGAGUCUUGCUUUAGUAUAAAAGCGGUUACAUCUGAAACAUCUUACGAGAGAAAUUUAUAUGAAGAUCCUUGUGUCAGUAUCAAAGAUAAAUGUAAAGAUGAAAUUAGUGUAGGUGGAGAGGAAGAGUCCUCUCUACCAACGGCUAAUGAUUUUGAACUUCUUGAUGAAUGUGGCGGUGAACAGAUUGGCUUGUCGCCGGGACAGGUAACCGACAAGCCUCUUGUCUCAAACGCAUUGUCAUCUAUCGUUAAAAUGACGAUCCCUUUGACACCUCCACCUCCCACAAAAUCGUCUCGGCUCCAAGAGGAAUCCCAUCAAGCGUUUGUUGAACAUGAGACUUCCAGUAAUCCACCUGCUUCACUUAUCUCUUCUAUAAACGGAUCUCGGAAUAUUGUCUCCCCUAAUGCUUCUUCUUGCUCACCCACGAAGCCCGCAUCCCCUUUUUUGCCCGUCUCGAUUAUUCCUUCUCUUAGCUCGCUUGUUCCAGCUGCAACUGCUCCAGCCGGAACUAACCCCCCUACAGCCCUGUCCGCACUGUCGCCGUCUCCCCACGAAGGUUAUAUACCUACUCAUCUAAAUCCCUCGGAUGAGCCGCUGCCUGUCUACACUCCAUGCCGUCGCACAUCCUCCGUCGUUUCCUCUAUCCUUUAUAGUGAAAUUCAAAUGAUUUCCCCCUCAUUAGCUGCCUGCCAAUCUGCUUCUUGCCAUUCGCCUUUAUCGGAGGAAGAAGACUGUCCUCACACCUCCCCUUUUAAGACUGAGGAAAUCGUAAAGUGCGCAGAUUUGCCCUCUACGAACCCAAUAGAAGGUAAUGACUGUCCUCACUUACCUCAUAUUCACAAAGGAAGCCAUCCCAUUUCUUCACCUUCCCAGGAGGCCACAAAAGUCACAAAUUGCGCCAAGGAAAAUGUUCUCUCCUCCCCUUAUGGCUCUCCCUCUUCAUCGUCUUCAUCGUCUUCAUCAUCUUCCUCUUCUUCAUCUUCAGCCUCUUCAGACGAUCUAGAAAGCGAUGAAGAGCCAGAGGAAGGCGAGGUACGAAAUUUACGGCAGCCACGCUUGAGCGCCAAGCAAUAUAUGCCACAUAAACAUGAGAAAUUCCUACAGUCUUCAGGGUUGGAUCUUGUUGACGAUUGUUCUAAGGUUUCAGACACGAAUUCACCUAUUCCUUCUGGUCCUCCAUCUUCCUCUCCUUCAGUGAGGAUCCGGCUCAAAUCAAUGGGUCUUCCGUCGGUUCUCACCACCCCUAUUGCUUCCGUUACCACUGCAGGCGUGCAGCAACCUGAUGUACAACCAAUCGCGCAUUCUAGGCUUAUUUAUCGUUGCCGGAGCCCCCAUGCACUUCCUCAUCCGCUUGAACAUUACCAGCGCUGUCUGGCCUCAGCUCUGAAGCGCUAUGCUGGAGGGGAGCUGUAUGCUUCUGAGGAAAAGCGACCUUUAAAUCGGGUCCCCACUCGUACAUCCGUUUUAUCGAAGGCUUCCAGCGACUUAAUGCAUUCUUCACUCAAAAAUUUACAAGAGAACAGUAGCCCAGCCAAACGCAGAAAGUUAUCGUCGUAUCCAGCGACAGUCCGUUCAGAGAGGUAUUAG